AAUCAUUGCCAUAUUUUCAAAGAUUAGUUCUUUAUCCUCAUCAUUCCCUCUCCUUUUGCUCUGACCCAAUUGACUAUCACCAUGGCCAUGCCUUCAACAAAGCUUAAAUGUUGAAAACGAGUCAAUUUCCCAGCAUUUUUCAACAACCCAUUUCCCCUUCUUUCGGGUUUUCCCCCAAAUCACGUUAACUCCUCGAUUUGCCAGAUGGGUAUCUUUUCAAAGCGAAAAAUCUGGAGAACAGGAACGACCCAGGAUGAUUCGAUGGGGUUUAAUGGGGUUUCAGCAGCGAGCAAGAGGAAAUGGACCCGUUUUUUACCUCUGUUUGUGGCCAUUGUGGUUAUAGCAGAAAUCGCUUCUCUGAGUCGGCUAGAUAUGGCGAAAAAUGCGGCUAUGGUGGAUUCUUGGGUCGACUUGUUCUAUGGAUCUCCGAUUUUGCGAGAAGGGAAUGGAGGUGGUAGUAAAACGGGCACUGGAAUUUCUAUUAAUGAUGGAGGGAUUGAUGGAAUUAGCUGUGAGCAGUGGCUGGAGAAGGAGGAUGCCGUGGAGUAUUCUAGGGACUUCAAAAGGGAACCUGUUUUGGUUUCUGGCUCCGAGAAGGAGUGGAGAACUUGUGAUGUGGGAUGCCAAUUUGGAUUUAAUCCUGGACAGCAGCCUGAUGCUAUAUUCGGAUCACCUAAUCAAGGUAGUGUUGCUAGUGUACUUCGAUCCAUGGAAUCAUCACAUUACUAUCCUGAGAACAAUAUUGAUUUGGCAAGACGGUGGGAAGGGUUAUACCGUGGUUAUGACCACUAGUCUAUCAUCAGAUGUCCCUGUUGGAUAUUUUUCAUGGGCAGAAUACGAUAUAAUGGCACCAGUGCAGCCAAAGACCGAGCCUGCCCUUGCAGCUGCCUUCAUUUCAAAUUGUGGUGCUCGCAACUUCCGUUUGCAAGCUCUUGAUGCGCUUGAGAAGUUGAAUGUCAAAAUUGAUUCAUAUGGUAGCUGCCACCGGAACCGCGAUGGAAGAGUUGACAAAGUGGAAACGUUGAAGCGCUACAAGUUCAGCUUGGCAUUUGAGAAUUCCAAUGAAGAAGAUUAUGUCACGGAAAAGUUUUUUCAAUCUCUUGUUGCAGGAACCAUUCCGGUGGUGGUUGGUGCUCCAAACAUCAAGGAGUUUGCUCCUUCUCCUGAUUCAUUUUUGCAUAUCAAGGAGUUUUCUGAUGUUGAGUCGAUUGCCAAGUCCAUGAAAUACCUUGCUGAAAAUCCCAAAAUAUACAAUCAAUCUCUAAGAUGGAAGUAUGAUGGUCCAUCCGAGUCUUUCAAGGCCCUUGUCGAUAUGGCAGCAGUGCACUCAUCCUGCCGCCUUUGCAUCCAUAUGGCAACCGUCAUCCACGAGAAAGAAGAAAACAGUCCCAGGUUCAAGAAACGACCGUGCAAGUGUUCUCGAGGCUCUGAAACCAUGUAUCAUUUAUACAUAAGGGAGAGGGGGAGGUUUGAAAUGCAAUCCAUAUUUUUGAGGUCAGGAAAUUUGACGUUGGAGGCUUUAGAAUCAACUGUGCUAAACAAGUUCAAUUCUUUGAAACACGUACCGAUUUGGAAGGAAGAAAGGCCUGAAAGCGUAAGAGGAGGAGAUGAACUAAAACUAUACAGAAUAUAUCCUGUUGGAUUGACUCAAAGGCAGGCUUUAUAUACCUUCAGAUUCAAAGGCAAUGACGAUUUCAGAACUCACAUAGAAACACACCCUUGUGCAAAGAUGGAAGUCAUAUUUGUCUGAAUCUGAGGCUUCAUCUUCCGAGUGCAUCCACUAUGCGAUUAACUUGGUCUUUGUGGAUGUAUAAUCUGUAUAACAAUGUUGAUGAACUAAUAUAAGUUUAGGGUGCAACGAGGCAAGUGCGGAAACCCAGCAAUGGCUGCGAAAUAGGAGGUUCCCUUUGGUCAGCUAAUAACAGAUCAUGCGCCAUUGUUGUAAAUGUUGAGAACAGAAUUGGCCUUUGGGGGCCUGAUGCAUAUUGCUAGUUGAAUCUAGCCAAUUCCACGAACAAUCCUUUACUUA